AUGCGAGCCAGCCCCAUCCGCAUCCCAACUGUCACCAGUGACACCGACUGGGACUUCUGCUUCCAUCUGUCCCAGCAAACGAAGAUCCCAGAACAUCAGCGAAUAGAUGAGUCGUCUCCCACUAGUGGAUCUGAAGAGAGUGAGGAAGACACCAAAGUCAAGGAAAAGGUCAUAGACCAUAUGUCUCAUCCCAGAGAGAAACUGGCCCAAUCCCAGAAGAAAAUAGCUCAGCUGAUUAAGGGGAAAAAGAACAUUGAAGCAAAUAAGGAGCUGAUUCGCUGUGUCAUCCUUUCUCGGAUUAUUUUUGGGGAAGAACACUGGAAAUGUGCACAGGCUUUGGCCACCCUGGCUUAUGGCUACCUGACACUGAGAGGCCUUCCAGCUCAGGCCAAGAAACAUGCGGAAUCCGCCAAGAACGUCUUGCUGACCUGGAAGGGAACCACAACCUCAGACAAGGAGGAAAAGCAAAUUCUGGAGACUCUGGUCAUGCUCUACUACACUCUGGGCGUGGUCUGCCUCCUGCAGAACCAUGGCAGAGAGGCAUAUUUCAACCUGCAGAAGUCAGAGAGAAACAUGAAGGAGCUGAGAGAAUUGUAUAAGGGAGGCACUUGUGGAUUACAGGUCUCAGAGAAAGAUUUAACAAUCGCUUUGGGCAGAGCCUCCUUGGCCAACUGCAGGUUAAACCUUGCGCUGGUAUACUUUGAAAAGGCAGUUGACAAUGUUAUUGCCAAUAAGGGUGACAAUACGUCAGAUCUGGUCAGUCUUUACCAGGAAAUUGCUCAGAUCGAGCAGCUGAGGAGGAACCACGAGCGAGCCAUCCAGUACCUGCACCAGGCCCAUUCGAUCUGUGUCUCUUUGUACACUGAAGUCAGCCCGCAAGCUGCAGAGGCGAGUGUGUUACUAGCCAAGGCUUAUGCCAUGUCUGGAGAGGUCCAACACAAGGAUGCUGUUGGGCUGUAUUUUAUGAAAAGCAUCACUGCAUAUCAAACAACAUUGGGCCCAGAGGAUUAUGAAACACUGACAACUGUUGAAGAAUUUUGCAAAUGGCUUGUUCAAAAUGGGAAAAAGCGGCAUGAAGGCAGUGAAGACCUUUAUUUGUCAUGA